AUGAUUGGAAAAAGUAACUUGUUCGUUAGGAACUUAGUGAGGAAUGCGGUAGUUAGAGCAUCUCACGACCACGGUGGUGUACCUGGAGCAAAUCUACCUUUCUCGAUAAAUAACCGUUUUAAGCUGACUGCUAUGAUGGUGUUAUUUUUUGGUUCAGGGUUUGGAGCUCCUUUCGUAAUUGUGAGACACCAUCUCACCAAGUAA